AUGAUGCAGCCCCUGUAUGAACCAGUACAAGUGAUAGGACCCAUGUAUGAACCAGUACAAGUAAUAGGACUCAUGUAUGAACCAAUACAAGUGAUAGGACCCAUGUAUGAACCAGUACAAGUAAUAGGACUCAUGUAUGGACCAGUACAAGUAAUAGGACCCAUGUAUGGACCAGUACAAGUGAUAGGACUCAUGUAUGGACCAGUACAAGUAAUAGGACCCAUGUAUGAACCAGUACAAGUAAUAGGACUCAUGUAUGGACCAGUACAAGUGAUAGGACUCAUGUAUGGACCAGUACAAGUAAUAGGACCCAUGUAUGAACCAGUACAAGUAAUAGGACUCAUGUAUGGACCAGUACAAGUGAUAGGACCCAUGUAUGAACCAGUACAAGUAAUAGGACUCAUGUAUGGACCAGUACAAGUAAUAGGACCCAUGUAUGAACCAGUACAAGUAAUAGGACUCAUGUAUGAACCAGUACAAGUGAUAGGGCUCAUGUAUGGACCAGUACAAGUGAUAGGACUCAUGUAUGGACCAGUACAAGUAAUAGGACUCAUGUAUGGACCAGUACAAGUGAUAGGACUCAUGUAUGGACCAGUACAAGUGAUAGGACUCAUGUAUGGACCAGUACAAGUGAUAGGACCCAUGUAUGGACCAGUACAAGUAAUAGGACUCAUGUAUGGACCAGUACAAGUGAUAGGACCCAUGUAUGGACCAGUACAAGUAAUAGGACUCAUGUUUGGACCAGUACAAGUGAUAGGUCUCAUGUAUGGACCAGUACAAUGCCUGGGGCCCGUCCGCACCCAGCAGUGCCUGGGGCCCGUCCGCACCCAGCAGUGCCUGGGGCCCGUCCGCACCCAGCAGUGCCUGGGGCCCGUCCGCACCCAGCAGUGCCUGGGGCCCGUCCGCACCCAGCAGUGCCUGGGGCCCGUCCGCACCCAGCAGUGCCUGGUGCACGUCCGCACCCAGCAGUGCCUGGGGCCCGUCCGCACCCAGCAGUGCCUGGGGCCCGUCCGCACCCAGCAGUGCCUGGGGCCCGUCCGCACCCAGCAGUGCCUGGGGCCCGUCCGCACCCAGCAGUGCCUGGGGCCCGUCCGCACCCAGCAGUGCCUGGGGCCCGUCCGCACCCAGCAGUGCCUGGGGCCCGUCCGCACCCAGCAUUGCCUGGUGCACGUCCGCACCCAGCAGUGCCUGGGGCCCGUCCGCACCCAGCAGUGCCUGGGGCCCGUCCGCACCCAGCAGUGCCUGGGGCCCGUCCGCACCCAGCAGUGCCUGGGGCCCGUCCGCACCCAGCAGUGCCUGGUGCCUGUCCGCACCCAGCAGUGCCUGGUGCCCGUCCGCACCCAGCAGUGCCUGGUGCCCGUCCGCACCCAGCAGUGCCUGGUGCCCGUCCGCACCCAGCAGUGCCUGGUGCCCGUCCGCACCCAGCAGUGCCUGGUGCCCGUCCGCACCCAGCAGUGCCUGGGGCCCGUCCGCACCCAGCAGUGCCUGGGGCCCGUCCGCACCCAGCAGUGCCUGGGGCCCGUCCGCACCCAGCAGUGCCUGGGGCCGGAUGUCUCACAAGUGCGGUGA